UUUGGAGAUUUUCCCCGUAGGCUGGAAGGGUUGCAGAGGGGGGUUCCUGUGGCUGGUAGAGCGGGUUAGAAAAGGAGGUAGUUUAUCUCAUUGAGUCCCGCUUUUUAUUUAGUUAAGGGGUUAAUCCCUUUGCUGCAAGACUAUAUUGAAAGCCCUCUGCACCUCAUGGAGCCUGGAACCCCUCCUCCGUCAGCUGGGGGUUGAAACCCUUUAUCUGUUCUUUUUGCCGAGCAACAAGUUUCAAGAUCUUCUUAUCUUCUCCCAACAAGUAAGAACUGGGCUCUUGCAGCAAUGCCCCCUACUAAAUGGUUGACUCUCAGCUAGUACAGUAAUCUCAAGGGUUGUGGCCUGCGUGGAAGCUGCCAAGAACCUGGGUUGCGUCUUUCUGGAAAUUUAAGGUUUAUACUAAUUGACUGCAGGGACAUUGUACCAAAUCUGGAAAAAACCAUGGAGUUUGCUGAGCUGAUCAAGACACCUCGAGCUGAUAAUGUCAUCCUUCAUCGUCCCUUUUAUCCAUUAGUGGAGGGGACACUCUGUUUGACGGGGCAUCACCUGAUUUUCUCCUCACGGCGGCAGGACAAUGUAGAGGAACUUUGGCUUCUUCAUUCCAACAUUGAUUCCAUUGAAAAGAGGUUUCUUGGCUCUUUGGGGACCAUCAUCAUCAAAUGCAAAGACCUGCGGAUUAUUCAGCUUGACAUUCCUGGCAUGGAGGAGUCUCUGAACAUAGCUAGCUCCAUUGAGGCACUGUCCACCUUAGAUUCCAUCACCCUGAUGUAUCCUUUCUUUUACCGGCCCAUGUUUGAAGUCAUUGAAGAUGGCUGGCACUCCUUCUUGCCUGAGCAAGAGUUUGAGCUUCUCAGUUCAGUAACAAAUGAAUGGAGACUGAGUUAUGUCAACAAAGACUUCUCCGUCUGUCCAUCUUACCCACCAAUUGUCACUGUCCCUAAAUCAAUUGAUGAUGAAUCUCUUUGUAAAGUUGCCACAUUUCGCCAUGGCGGACGCUUCCCGGUGCUCAGCUAUUACCACAAGAAAAAUGGGAUGGUGAUGAUGCGUAGUAGUCAACCACUCACGGGCACUAAUGGGAGGCGCUGCAAGGAGGACGAGAAGCUGAUCAAUGCCACUCUUCGGGCAGGCAAACGUGGCUACAUCAUUGACACCCGCUCCCUGAACAUCGCCCAGCAAGCCCGAGCCAAAGGUGGAGGCUUUGAGCAGGAGGCCCAUUAUCCUCAAUGGAGAAGGAUUCACAAGUCCAUUGAGAGGUACAAUAUCCUUCAAGAAAGCCUCAUCAAGCUGGUGGAAGCCUGCAAUGACCAGUCACAUAAUAUGGACCGCUGGCUGAGUAAGCUGGAGGCAUCUAAUUGGUUGACCCAUAUUAAGGAGAUUCUGACCACUGCCUGCUUGGCUGCUCAGUGCAUUGACAGAGAGGGAGCAUCUGUCUUGGUUCAUGGGACUGAAGGAACUGAUUCAACACUACAGGUGACUUCCCUGGCUCAGAUUAUUUUAGAUCCAAGAUGCAGGACCAUAUGUGGCUUUGAAGCUCUGGUUGAGAGGGAGUGGCUGCAGGCCGGUCACCCAUUUCAGCUACGCUGUGCACAGUCAGCCUACUCGAAUAGCAAGCAGAAAUGGGAGGCUCCCGUCUUCCUGCUCUUCUUGGACUGUGUCUGGCAAAUUCUUCGUCAAUUCCCUUGUUCUUUUGAGUUCAACUAUCAUUUCCUCAUCAUGCUCUUUGAACAUUCCUAUGCCUCCCAGUUUGGCACUUUCUUGGGCAACAAUGAAAAUGAAAGGUGUAAACUCAAGCUGCCCCAGAAAACAAUGUCCUUGUGGUCCUGGGUAAAUCGGCCUGAAGAGCUCAACAGGUUCAAGAAUCCUCUCUUUGAGGCCAACAGCCUGGUCAUCUGGCCCUCAGUUGCACCGCAGAGUCUGCAGCUCUGGGAAGGUGUCUUCCUUCGUUGGAACCGAUCCUCCAAAUUUUUGGAUGAAUCUUAUGAAGAAAUGAUCAAUAUCAUCAAAUAUAACAAGGAACUCCAAGUGAAAGUGAAUAUGCUGAGGAGGCAGCUGGCAGAGCUGGAGACAGAUGACAGCACACAGGACGAUGGGAUGCCAGAGAGCCCCUAAUGUUGCACUGGACUCGCAGCCAAGGUCAUCCCCACUCAGUUGGGCGAGUUAUCACUACACUAAGCACUCAACACAAGACUUGCAUGCACUCAAGCUCCUUUUUGGUGCAGUUGAUUUUGAACCCUUUUGCUUCUCAGUCCCUCUCUUGGCACUUAAUAGUCAUUUUGCACCCUAAUGGCAUUGUUUCUUUGGUUUUUUUUCAUGGGAGCAAAAGUGUCCUAACUGAAUUAAUCUUACUGUCCUCUCCUGGCAAAUUCUGCAACUUGUAAUAAAUAGUAUACAAUUUCAGGGUCAACUCUGGCUCUGGAAACACUGUUAAACCU